AUGUCUCGAAAAGUUGAAAAACAUCUGAAACUGACCUACCCAGCUGGGUGUAAAGAGAUCACUGAAGAAUUGAGUAAUGAUGAACUUGUGAAAAGACUCAAAUUGUUGACCCGUGCCUUCCAAGACAUGUCUCAAGAUGACAAUGACGAGUUCAAACAGUUGGCCAUCUAUCUGGCCUCUGAGUACUUUCUGGAGCACAACAGCAAGGAUGUCAAACUGUUAGUUGCUUGUUGCAUUGCUGACAUCUUUCGGGUCUUCGUACCUGAUGCACCGUACACUGAACCUGAACAAUUGAAGGAAAUAUUUCUCUUCUUGAUCGAUCAACUGAAAGGUUUAAAGGACCCAGAAUCUCCCUUAUUCAAGAGGUACUUCUACCUGCUCGAGAAUCUUGCCUGGGUGAAAUCCUUCAACAUUAGCCUAGAACUACCUGACAGUUCAGAAAUUCUCUUCAGAUUGUUCAAGACAACAUUAGAACUCAUCAAUGACCGCCACAACAACAAAGUGUCGGUACUGAUGUUGGACAUCCUCUGCCCACUCCUCUCGGAAGCCGAUGCCAUCCCACAGGAAGUACUCGACAUCUUUCUUGCAUGCAUCAUCGAACCUUUCAAAACACAAAACAGACCAGCGUUUGAAAUGGCCAGGGACCUGAUUAGGAGGACAACUUCUGUUCUUGAGCCGUACAUCGAAUUGUUUUUGAGCAACUGUUUGAUUCAAAGUAGUAAGAGUGAGAAGAGUUCUCUGAGUGGCCGCGUGUAUGAUCUCAUCCAGGAACUUAACAACAUAUCUCCCAGUCUCUUACAAAAUGUUCUGCCACAGCUGGAGUUGAAACUCAAGAGUGCGGAUGAUGCAGAGAGGAUGGCAGCUACCAAACUGCUGACUAAGAUGUUUGCUGCACCAAACUCCGAUCUUGCCCUUCAGCACAAGCAACUCUGGAAUGCCUUUCUUGGAAGAUUCAACGACAUUGAUCUGAACAUUCGACGCAUGACAGUGCAAUCAUGUCAAGAUAUAAUCAUCAAUCACGCUGAACUUGUCACUGAGGAAGCAGCAGGCAAGCACCUGAAGCACAGGCAACAUGAUUCUGACGAGAACGUGCGCAUGGAUGUUGUGAAAGUCAUCGUCGCCAGUGCCAAAGCCGAGUUGAAGCACGUUCCCGAUGAUUUGUUGGAAUGUGUCAAGGAGAGGACUCUUGAUAAGAAGUUCAAGGUGAGAAGGGAAGCUUUGGUGGGACUGGGGCAGAUCUACAAGAAGUGUCACGAGGUCGGCGGGGACGUGAGGAGGGUGGCCUGGAUCAGAAACAAGGUCUUGCAUGCCUACUACCAGCUCUCCAUUGAUGACAAGAUACUAGUGGAGAGGAUAUUGAACACAUCCCUGGUCCCAUACUCCAUGGACCCCCCGUCUCGCAUGAAGCAGUUGUACCUUCUUUACUCAAACCUGGAUGAGCAUGCCAUCAGAGCUCUGCAAGAGAUCUUCAAAACCCAGGCAGGACUGAGGAACAUCGUGAAGAACAUCCUCGACCUGCAGCAGAAAGGUGAUUCACCAGAUGUCGGUCAGGCCAUCAACACCAAGAUACUCGCUCUAUCACGUCACCUACCUGAGCCAGAGAAGGCCUGCCAGCAACUUCACAAGUUUUUCAAAUCCAUCCAGGAGUCAAAGAUACGACAGAGUCUUCAGAAUCUCAUCAAUGCACAGUGUGAGUGCAAGAAAGCUGAGGAACAUGUGAAAGAGAUCAUAAAGAAGCUGGGCAAUUCAACGCCGCAGAACCUGCUGUAUGCAACAGUGAAGCAGUUGCUGGAAAGGAUUGCUCCACUGAUGAUCGACAAUCUCAGUAUCCUCGCUCUCAUCAUCCUCAUCCAAAAAGUUAUCCAAUCAAAGCUGGAUGGCAACGAUGAAGAUGAUGAUGAAGAGGACGAAGAGAAACAAGGACGCAAAGAACGAUUACACCAAAAAUCUGGUCUUAACUUGCUGCUGCUCCUAUCACAGAACUUUGCAGGAAGUUUUCAGAUGAAUGACAUCUACACCUACCUGCUGGAGUUCAUUAAAUACGACGACGACGUUGUUGUGGAUAUGACUAUGCAAAUACUGAAGAAUGUUGGCGCAGGCAUCGACCAGACCUUUCCAGAGGUUCACAGCUCCCUGCUGCCAGUUCUACAGAAGAUGAUCAAGGUAGGAACGACAAAGCAGGCCAAGCAUGCCGUCAGAUGCAUUGAUGUUCUUUGCAAGGAUAAAGUGGAAAUAUUCGGUCAACUAUUCCAGCAAUUGCAACAAUGCAUGAACCUGGAGUCUUCCAAUCUGUUGACCUCGAUCGUUGCUAUCGGACAUCUUUGUCAGUUGUGUCCAUCCAAGUUUGUCGAGCCAACGGACAACAUCAUCUCGAUGUUCAUCAUGAAGGAAGUUCUCAUGCAAGACAGGACUGUUGGUAGGAAGAAAACGGAGGAUUGGUGCGAAGAGAAGCACAUUUCAGAAGAAACUCUCAUCAAGUUGGAGAGCGUGAAAAUGAUUGGUCGCUGGUUGCUGGGUUUGAAGGACCAGAACAAUUGCAAGGUCAGCCCGAUCAUGCGCAUGCUCUACACCAUGAUCCUCUGUGAGGGAGAUCUAAUGGAGAGAGGCCACAUCAACAAACCAGAGAUGUCUCGUCUAAGGUUGCAUGCUGGCUGUUGCAUGUUGAAGGUUGCUCAGGAGCCCGCCUACGCUGAUGCUAUCAAGUUGGAACAGUUUGAAACCAUGGCUCUGCUCAUCAAUGACCCGUGCGUGGAGGUGAGGCAGAUAUUUGUCUCGAAACUGCACAGAGGUCUCAUGAACUUGCGACUUCCCAUCCAGUACAUGGGCAUCAUGUGUCUGGGAGCCCUGGACCCCAUCAAAGAGAGGAGGUCCCUCAUCAAGCAGAUGCUGGCCGCCAACAUCAACAGGAGGAGGGAUUACAUCAGGCAGAACCCUUCCUGUGCCACUUCAUGCACAGUGUAUUCCAUCCUUCCUGACUACGUCCUCCCGUACUCUCUGCACCUGCUGGCACACGACCCUGACCUCGUGGCCUACGACAACGUCCCAGCACUUAGGAGCAUCAAGGACUGUCUAUUGUUCCUCUUGGAGCCACUUCUUACGAAAAACGACACAGUCAGUUUUGAAUUCUACAGCAAGAUCCUCGCAAACAUCAAGAACACUGUCGAUGCUCAGUGUCCUGAUUCCGAAGAAGCAAAUAAGAAAUUGUAUGCGACGUGUGACCUUGCCAUGAAUCUCUUGCUGACGAAGAUGUCGUGCUUCAGCAUUAAGAACUUCCCCGCCGAACCUGUGCUGCCAACCAAACUUUUCAAACCACUGCCCAGUGUUAGCCGGUGUUUGCUAUUGAUGUUGUUGUGGGAAAUUUAG